AACAAUUAUAUGAACAAAUAUGGAAACCCUAUUGUUCUAACUUCUCUAACUGGAGGAAGCUCAACAAACUCAACUAUCUAUACUCUAAUAAUUUAAGCCCUUCUACACAACCUGAAUCUCUCAGUCUUGAACAACAAUCUGACUCUUCAA